AUGACAAUUAGACAGGAGACUGCUCUGGGUUUAUACAAAGGCUCUUCUUCUCCGAUGUUGGGAAACGGAAUAUCCAAUGCCAUUUUAUUCAGUACAAACAAAAAAUUCCGUGGCAUGUUCAACGAUGGUGACUCAACACGUUCUUUAACAUUAAACGAGAUUGCAAAAGCUGGCGCAUUAACAGGCGUAGUUAUGUCAUUUGUGAAUUGUCCGGUAGAGCUUCUCAAGGUGAAGCUACAAACACAAUAUGAUCAACCGGCCGCAAACAAAAAAUGUAAUCAAAAAAAUAAACAUCGUCAUUGGUGUCAAACUUGCUAUUCUCAAUAUUUUCAAGACGAGUUUCCUAAUUGGUCAAGUGGUAACCAAAUUAUAGACAAUUUUAUUCAAGGAAUUCAACUUAGAGGAUUUGGGAAAGUCUAUUCUGCAGUAUGGCCGGAGGGACCAAAAGUCCGUGAUGAAUACAAUGUCGAAUUUUUUUGUAGAGAAGAAAACCACCCUGUUUCUCUUAAAACUAUUAGUCAUUUGGGACCAACCGUUGAAGGAUUCUUUUCUGAGAUUAACAAUUUUAUUGAUACAAUGAAAUGUGGUGACGGAUUUCAUCGGGCUAUGAUAAGAUAUUAUGGAAUGACCCAGAACCCAGAAACAAAAGAAUAUAUGAUGGUAACAGAAUUUGCAAGUCAAGGUACACUACGUGAUUCGUUGAGUAAAAUAUUAGGAAAUAAAUUGUCAUGGAAAGAUAGAAUAUUUUUCCUUUGGAUUACUUCAUAUUAA